GACGACGGACAUAGUGGGAUAAAGAAAAAGGGCAAGAGGACAAUAAGAAGCAGAAUCACUUGGACUAACUGCUCAUUUGAAAAUGGAUAACAAUCCAGGUCUGAUCAACAGCUUGACAUCUCCAGCUCUUUUGGUUAUGGUGACAUCUUCAGAUGGUCCUCUAGGGGUUACACAGCAGCCACCCCAUUAUACAGUACCAAUGUCUAUGGAAAAGCCCCCUCAGAUCACCUACCUGAGCCCAGCCUACCCUCUCUUGUACCCUUCUCAGGAACACAUGAAUUCUAGUUGCCCCCCUCAGCUUCUUUCUCUCCCCCCACAAUAUGGACAUCACCACCUGGACAGGGGAAAUGUUGGCGUUUUAGGGUACAGUGCACUGCACCCUUUUGGUGCCUUCCGCCUGUCAGAGGGAGUAGAGAGACUUCAGUCUGGAUUUUUGAACCCCAAGAGAAUGAAAGGGGAGUCAGAUCCCCUCCAAAUACGUUAUCUAUCAAUGGAAGCAGGGAUGGACAUUUCUCAUGUUCCUGGAGGUUCGGGGAUCCCUCCAACAACUCAUCGGAAAUCCCCAAAACCCAGAUCAAGCUCCCACAAAAAAGAUAAAAAAGCUUUGUUUACUUUGCCCCUUUUGUGCCCUCUGUGCCACAAAAACCUUCAGAAAGAAGAGCUGUCACACCACUUGCAAGAAGAGAUUGAGCUUCUAUCACACCUGUUGGACAGUGAGCCAGACACAUUGCAGGAGUCAACACAGCAUAUAUCCCAGUCGCCAGCACAAGGAAGGAGUUCCCCUAGUGAGUCUUCAUCACUGAUAACUUCUGAGGAUGUACAGAAACUAGACAGACAUCAGCUUUUCCAGCAAAUUAAACUGAAUCGAGAGGAACGUCUUGGAGCACGUGCUGGGAAAUGUAAGAAGGGCAGAGCAAAUAUGGAGGAGCCAAUAAAGAUAGUUCCUGUAGAUGCCGAAAUUUCGGAAGAGGAUGAGGUACGAAGCCCUGGAAAACCGCUGUCACGUGAAGUAGAUUGUCAAACAUCCCCUGGAAGCAGCAUCCACAGUCCCAAUGAUGAAUCAGACAACGAAGCCAUUAACCCAUCAAGGGAUUUGAGCUUAGACACAAUGAGGCAAAAAAUCCACGAUCUGACAGAAAAGUUACGGAACGCUCACACUUGCCACAUCUGUCUUGAUUCAUACAGUGUCCCUGUAACCUCCAUCCAGUGUUGGCAUAUUCACUGUGAGGGCUGCUGGCUUCGUGCUCUGGGUGCUAAAAAGUUGUGUCCACAGUGUAACACUAUAACGUCUCCAAGUGACCUCCGCAGAGUAUACCUAUAAACUGCAGGGCACAACAAAGAUACCCUCACACUCAGAAAGAAGUCUGCAUAUGACUGUUCUUCUUCAU